AUGGAGACACGCUGCUGCAACAUGAGAGUGCUGUGUUUGAACUUUGCCAUCACCUGUCUGUGGCUGCUCCCUUCUUCGGUCCAAGAAACCGCCCCGCCCUUGGAGUUCCAGAGCCAACAAUGGAGAGAGGAGGAAAGAGAAGCAGGAGACGCACUGGGAGCUGCUUUGAAAGUCAAAGACCUACAGAUCAUCUCCACCAAACAGAAAACUCCAGCUUACGGCGCUCUGGGUCCGUAUGGAUGGCCUCAGAACUUUUCCCAGGCCCUGGAUCAGUAUCUGUACCGACCUCCUCCUAAAUCCAAACCUCCCGCCAAAACUCCCACAAAGGCCAAGAAGAUCCUGGGCUGGGGAGAUUUUUACUUCAAUGUGAAAACGGUGAAGUUCAGCCUCCUGGUGACGGGGAAAAUCGUGGACCACAUCAACGGCACGUUCAGCGUCUACUUCCGCCACAACUCGUCUCGUCUGGGGAACAUAUCCGUGAGCAUCGUCCCGCCCUCCAAAGCUGUGGGAUGGGAGGUUUUGGAUCCAGCAGCUGAGGGUGUUCCCACCAAAAACCAAGCCCUGGUUCCAGAUCUGACGUCCCAGCUCCAGAGCCCGCCCCAGUCCACCAGCUCUCCUCCUCCAGAGCAGCAGAAGCAGCAGCCGGACGUGGUGAUGGUGACCGAGCUCAACUGCAGGAUCGAGUACCAGAGAACCAACCGGUCCAAGAAGACCAAGCCCUGCCUGUACGACCCCGGGCAGACCUGCUACUCAGAAAACACGCAGUCCCAGGCGGCCUGGAUCUGCGCCAAACCCUUUAAGGUCAUAUGCAUCUUCAUCGCCUUCACCGGCACCGACUACAGGCUGGUGCAGAAGGUCUGCCCGGACCACAACUUCCAGACGGCGCAGAACCAGCAGCACUUCGGAUGA